UAAUGUCUCGAUGAGGGCUUUCGUCACUUGUAACCCCUGAAUUCUCAAGCUCCAUCGAUUGUUGUUUGCGCAAAGUCUGAAUCUAUUCCAGUUACAUCUAUACCUGACAAUGGGGUACCGUCAUGAAUCCAAGCUGGUGAAUCUGGUGAGCUUCAUGCUCGUAUCGACGGUUUUGUUGGUGUCUGUAGAACAGUUCUUGCCCGCAGAGGCAUGCGAGUCUGUCAGUCAAACGAUCAGUGAACUUGUUCCAUGCUUUUCUGCAGUAUCGAGCAACACAACGACUGAGGUUGCGCCAAGUAAAUCGUGCUGUGAUGCCGUCAAUAGUCAAGGAAUAGAUUGCCUCUGUUCUGUGUAUACAGAGGUCAAAUCUAGUAUUCCUUCGUCCAUCAGCGUAUCGAAGAUAAAACGCAUACCGAAGGCAUGCAACAUGACAAUUCCAGCUGGUUACACUUGUGAAGGUGAGGCAGUCCUUAGCUGAGAGUUACCGGGAGUGCCGGCAACCUGCUAUUCUGGAGGAACAACACAAAAUAUAUUGACGUGAGGACGUGGGGGUUAUGAAUGAGUUUUGAUAAAUUUCAGGGGCUUGGAGAUGAUUCAAUGGAGCAGGUUUGGAAAUUGGCGUCCAAGAUUUCAGUUCCAGUAACAAAUGUUGCCUCAGUUUGUGAAUCGGAUCUUUCCCGACAUGAUAGAUGAUUGAUCACAAAUGGAUGGCUUAGACCGGGGAUUUUGCAUGAGACGUAGUGGAAGGUACGGUACUUUCAGUGCUGAAGGCUAAAACCCGGAAGAUAUCGCUACUCCGAAGAAUAAUGUGAACAUAGCAUCAAAUUCCAAAGGGGAGGCAACUGGUCAGCGUUUAAUUUGAGAAAGGUGUUCUUUAGAAACAGCUGUCCUUGAAAGAGUACAUUGAGAAAUAUAUAGCACUAGCGAAAUCAGCCAGCAGCUUAAGCUCGAGGAGAAAUGAAGAGCAGAUUUUGUGCAUUUGGUCUCCUUGCAUCUAAAGCUUACUGCAUCAGAAGUCGAACUGCUACUACGGAUAUGACGCGUCAGCGUCAAUCGCUACUCCCAAACAACUUCCAAGUAACACUAAAAACAUAAGUCCAAAGCCAAAUCAAAACCUACAGUAGACAGGUAGCGAAUAAGUCACGCCUCCGG